CUGCAGCAGCUUCUAGAAGAACAUAAGAAGAGUGUGAGGAGGAGAUGUGAACGUGUGACUGAAGGAAGUGAUGAAGCAGGAGGAGGAAGCCUCCUCAACAGGAUCUACACUGAGCUCCACAUCACAGAGGGACUCAGUGAGGAGCUUCAGAGGGAACCUGAGCUGAAGCAGCUGGAGACAGCUUCCAGGAAGGAGAGCCUCCAUCACACUGCCAUCAGGGUUCAGGACAUCUUCAAAGCCUGGGCCCAGCAGCACACACACAUCCGAGUGGUUGUGACCAGCGGCGUGGCCGGCAGCGGAAAAACCUUCUCGGUGCACAAGUUCAGUCUGGACUGGGCCGAGGGCCUGGAGAACCAGGAUGUCAGUGUGCUGGUGGUGCUCUCCUUCAGGGAGCUGAACCUGCUGGGAGAGCGGCCGUACAGUCUCCUCUCGCUGCUGGCUGUUUUCCAUCCCACGCUCCAGAAGCUGACGGCAGAGGAGCUGGCCGUCUGCAAGCUGCUCUUCAUCUUGGACGGCCUGGAUGAAAGCAGACUUUCUCUGGACUUCAGCGGCGGCCGGCGGCUGCUGGACGUCUCCCGACAGUCUUCGGUGGGCGAGCUGCUCACUAACCUCAUCCGGGGGGAUCUGCUGCCCUCGGCUCGGGUCUGGAUCACUUCCCGACCGGCGGCGGCCCAUCAGAUCCCUCCAACAUGUGUGGACAGACUGACAGAAGUGCGAGGCUUCACUGACGCCCAGAAGGAGGAGUACUUCAGGAGGAGGCUGAGUGAUGAGGAGCUGAGCAGCAGAAUCAUCUCCCACAUCCAGACCUCCAGGAGCCUCCACAUCAUGUGUGGAAUCCCAGUCUUCUGCUGGAUCACUGCUACAGUUCUGGAGCACAUGUUGAGCAGCGAGCAGAGAGGAGAGCUGCCCCAGACCCUGACUGACAUGUACUCCCACUUUGUGCUGCUUCAGACACACAGGAAGAAGCUCAAGUACCAUGAAGGACCUGAGACGGGUCCACAGGAGCUGACGGAGGCUGACAGGGAGCUUCUUCUGAAGCUGGGCAGGAUGGCCUUGGAACAUCUGGACAAAGGAAACAUCCUGUUCUACCAAGAAGACCUGGAGCAGUGUGGUCUGGAUGUGACUGAGGCCUCGCUGUACUCUGGAAUCUGUACUCAGAUCUUCAAGAGAGAGUCUGUGAUCUUCCAGAAAGCCGUCUACAGCUUCGUCCAUCUGACUGUUCAGGAGUUUCUGGCUGCAAUCUUCAUGUUCCACUGUUUCACCAACAGCAAGACAGACGUGCUGAAGACCUUUAUUGGACAACAUGACACUUUACCAUCUCUGAACAACUUCCUGAAGGCUGUCCUGCAGAAAUCCCUCAGCAGUCAGAACGGCCACCUGGACCUGUUUGUCCGCUUCCUUCAUGGCCUCUCUCUGGAAUCCAACCAGAGACUCUUAGAAGGUCUGUUGGGUCCAACAGAGAUCAGUCCAGGAACCAUCCAGAGAGUCAUCAAGAACCUGAAGGUGAUCAACAGUUAUCAAGUGUCUCCUGACAGAAGCAUCAACAUCUUCCACUGUCUGAUGGAGAUGAAGGACCUCUCAGUCCAUCAGGACAUCCAAGAGUUCCUGAAGUCAGAGAACAGAUCAGAGAAGAGACUCUCUGAGAUCCACUGCUCAGCUCUGGCCUACAUGCUGCAGAUGUCAGACCAGGUCCUGGAGGAGUUGGACCUGAAGAAGUACAAGACAUCAGAGGAAGGACGACGGAGACUGAUCCCAGCUGUGAAGAACUGCAGGAAGGCUGAUCUUUCUGGCUGUGGACUCUCUGAUCCUCACUGUGAAGUGAUCUCCUCAGCUCUGACCUCUGACCCCUCCCAUCUGAAACAUCUGGACCUGAGUGGGAACACGCUGGAGGAUUCCUCAGUGAAGAUUGUGUGUUCUGGACUGGAGAGUCCAAACUGUAACCUGGAGACUCUGAGGUUGGAGGGCUGCAGGUUAUCAGAGAUCAGCUGUUCUUCUCUGGCCUCAGCUCUGAAGUCCAACCUCUCCCACCUGAAACAUCUGGACUUGAGCGGGAACCCUCUGCAGGAUUCAGGAGUUUCUCAGCUGUGUGGUUUUCUGCAGAGUCCACUCUGUGGUCUGCAGACUCUGAGGUUGGAGGGCUGCAGGUUGUCAAAGAUCAGCUGUUCUUCUCUGGCCUCGGCUCUGAAGCCCAACCUCUCCCACCUGAAACAUCUGGACCUGAGCAGAAACCCUCUGCAGGAUUCAGGAGUUUCUCAGCUGUGUGGUUUUCUGCAGAGUCCACUCUGUGGUCUGCAGACUCUGAGGUUGGAGGACUGCAGGUUGUCAGAGAUCAGCUGUUCUUCUCUGGCCUCAGCUCUGAAGUCCAACCCCUCCCUCCAGAAACAUCUGGAACAUCUGGACCUGAGCAGGAACCCUCUGCAGGAUUCAGGAGUUUCUCAGCUGUGUGGUUUUCUGCAGAGUCCACUCUGUGGUCUGCAGACUCUGAGGUUGAGGAGCUGCAGUUUGUCAAAGAUCAGCUGUUCUUCUCUGGCCUCAGCUCUGAAGUCCAACCCCUCCCACCUGAAGGAGCUCUACCUGGAUUGGAACCAUCUGCAGGAUGCAGAUGUGCAGCAGCUGGUUGCUCUCCAGCAGAGUUCAGACUGCAGCCUGCAGACUCUGAGCUACUGAGAGCAGAGAGGAGGCUGUGAGUCCUGAAGAUCUACUGAGAGCAGAGCUUCUU